GUUGGCAUUGACUACAAAAUGCAACCGCUGCGCUCAAAAGCGAAGUACAAUAACGAGUUGGACAAUCUGCUUCUAGUUUCGAUCACAAGAUUAUCCUAAUUUGGGGCUUGUGUUAUUUCUGUUUGUUGUCGAUUGCUUUAGUUAUAAAAUAUUCUCCCAUACGUUGCUCUUCACACUUUCCAAGAACACAGCGUAAACCUGAACGUCACAAUUAUGGACACUGAUUUUAGUAGUGGAAGUGGAGAACUACAAGGACCAGAAACUUCAUAUUUGAUUGGAUGUGUUGGAUCAGUGUUACGGCAGUAUAUAGCUGAAGUCUUAAUUAAACGGCCUGUGGAUCCAAUCGAUUAUUUGGGUCGAUGUUUAAAAAAUUAUAUAAGAAUAAGAGAUAUUGAAAUAAAAGAAUCUAUGGAAAACAAUGAAAUAAUCAAUUUGAGUCAAUUAGAAGAAAACAAAACUUCAUUAGAAACUAAAAAUGAGGAAGAAACUUCAGAUCUCACUACAGAACCGAAGAAUAAUGGACAUCACUCAGAUGACAAAAUGAUUAAUAACGAUAUAGAUAUGAAUAACAUUAAUGAAAUUGAAGCUAAUAAUAAUAAUGAUGAUAUAGAGGUUCAGGAUAGAAAUCAAUUGCAAAGUGAUUCAGAGAAUUAUGUCAAAGAAUCAAUAAACCAAGGAGACGUAGAUGAUGAUGAUGACGGUGAACAAAGUACAUUAAAAUUUGAUAAUGAAACUGAUGAUGAAAUCACUUUUGAAUCACAAAUUAAACAAGAUAUUAAUGAAACACCAUUAGAAGAUAUUACUGAUCGUGAUCAUGAUGAUGAUGAUGAUGAUGAUGAUCAAAUAGAAGAAGUAACUGAUUCUGAAUUACAAUAAACUGUUACAUUAUGUGUUACUAUUUCAUUAAUCAUUUAUUUCAUGUAUGAAUGGGUCUGAGUAAGUGAAUGGAUGAGUGAUUGAUUGAUCAAUGGAUUGAGUGCUUAUUGUAGAAACAAGUUCGAGUGUAGUAAGCACAUCAUCAUCUUUGAUCAAGUUAAUAUAUUCCAAUAUUUCCCUAGAACGUUUUCAUUUAUUUACAGUAUAGAAAAUCUGUAUUUAAACUUAACUUGUACUAUUAGGUAACUAAUUUUAAUAAUAUAAAGAUGAUAUUCUAUGAUUAAGAUUUGUGAUUUAUCAAUAAUAGACAAAUAUUGUGACUAUAAGCAAAGAUAGAUAGUGGCAGCCUCCAAAUACCCUGGUACGGCCGAGAGUGAUGAGAGUCCGCUCUCCCUCUCGAAAUGCUUUCAUAUGGCCAAGCGUAUAUAGCAUCUGCCAGGGAAGUCCUACUCAUUGCCUUCUCGUGGCGGUGGUGUUGUUUACGAAAUGGAGAGGACGAAAAGCGAAUGUCCGGCGCUUUAACCGGGUUGGUGUACAUGGAGAGUCCAUUUAGGGGAGUUGAAAACCCUGGUUCCAAACCAUUAGUGCACAUAGGCUCCAGAAUCCUGAAGGAACAAAUGGCGUAUGAACCAAUCGUUGGUCACCGGCUACUAUGGGACUGCAUCUCCUUACGAUGCUCCACUGCCUUGUGGAUUGUACCUUUAGGUCGAAGGCUCCAGGUGUGGCCUCCUAAGAAAACCACUUUUUUCAGUUUGGGCACCCGGUUAGUAUCACAGCCCUCACACAUAUCGAGUGAGAUUUGUGUGGCGCAUAUGUAUUUGGUGCCCCCUCGUACCAAUAUCUAUGUGUUAAAAUAAAAUAAAAUAGUG